GCAAUCUUUUCAUCCGUUCUAUCUCCAACACUGUUAUAAUCUUCUUUUACUACAAACAAUACUCUCUAAUAUGGAUUCUGUACAAGUUUUUAAUCAAAUAUUUGCUCUUUGACCGUCGAAACGUCUAUCUUUUUUAUUUAGUUGUAUAUAAAACUUUUCACUAGUAUUGUCAACCUCCUAGUCAUCAUUACCCUUAUUCUCUUAUAUUGUCCAUCGAAAGAAAAUGAAGAAAUAGCGGUGCUAAGUGUUUAAUACGUUGGAUAGUUGGCUUUGGAUUGUGUGCAAAUAAUCUCUCAGCCGGUCAUUGAGCAAAUAGUAUAGAGGCGAAAACAUAAUUAACAAGUUCAACAAGAACUAAUUCCUGUCGUAUAUAAGGUUAAAAAGUCGAAAUAUAUUGUCAUCAACAUUUUCAAGCAGGAAAUUAUAAACCUAUUUAUUAAUAACAAUCACUAAUCUAGUUGAUUCCUCAACCAAUAUUUAUUUUAUUAUGCUACGUGUUUAUCUAAUAAUCUAAGUGAAUUUUCUUAUUAUGAAAGGAAAUAAGACACAACCUAAAAGAGAGAUAGAAAAAGGAAAAGAAAGAGAGAGGGACUAGGGUAUUUAUAGAUAAAUCUGUUUGUCUAUAUGUUACACGGAAUAACAAGAAAAGAGUGUAUUUAUGUGUGUGUGUGUGUGUGUGUGAGAGAGAGAGAGAGAGAGAGAGAGAGAGAGGAAGGGUGGAGAAAAGCCUUUAAUAAUUUAAUAAUUAUCCCUAUCAUGAUAAGGGAAAUGAUAGUAUGCUAAGUGUUUAAUCUUGAAGCUGUCUUAUUUUCCGCCACUCCGAUCAAUUCUUAGUCGUUAUAUAGGUACUUUCUUUUACUAAAAUAUUUUAUAUUGCAAGCUUAAGUAUAAUUUUCUUUUAGAAAAGACAAAAUAUUUCCGUCGGGCCUAUUAAUUUACGAUUAUAUACAAUUUUAGUUAUCACUUGAAGUCCCUUUCCUUCCCCCUUAACUACAAAUACUGUAAUUGUUUUCGUUUAAAUUAUAUUAUUCAUGUACUGCAUAUAAUAGACCUAUAAAUAUAUAUACAAUAUACAUCUCUUUCUUUAAAAUUAUAGUCAAAAGUAUAAGUAAAUGCUGUUUUGUGACAUCUCUGAGCUUAUAAAGAAAAGGAAAGAGGAACUUGAAAGACUAAAAUCCUUUUUUUUUGUUGAUUCUGUUCAUUUUCGUUUAUUUCUUUUUUAUAGUCUAGUUUUAAAAAAAGGAAGGAAAAAAAGACUAAAAGUUUCAGAUAAUAUCAUUUUUAAUAUUAUUUUCUAUUGGAAUUUUCUUUCAAUAAACUAUUAAGAAAAUAACAAACAGAUACAUAUAAACACCCGGCAAUUGUUUACAAAUCACACGCCUUAUUUUCUGUCUAUUAAUUUGAAUUCCCUUGGGCGUUUUCUAGAGACUUAGAUGUACUGCGAAUGGGAAAGUUGUCAUUAAUCUUUUACACCGGUUUCUAUCCAGUUGUUUUUCAUCCUUUCCUCUGAUAAUCAACUUCUAUCAUACAAUUUGAAAGAAACGCCCUAAGACUUAUAUAAGAAAAGUGAAAAAAUAUUAAAGACGAUGAACCUUAUUGUCCCUAAACUUGACCCUUUUUUUGUAGCUAUAAAUAAAAAUGGGAUGUAAACGCUUAAUAAGUUUUACAAAUGAUGGAAAAACGAUGGAAUUUAGAAUAUCAUCUAAUAUCUUGUGUAUCUAUAUUUUUACAUAGUUAACUAUACCUAAAAGUUUAUCAUAAAAUUAUAGGCUAAAUUCAUAUGGUAUAUAUAUAUAUAUUCCUUUAAUGUAAAGGCAUAGAACAACAGAUAAUAUUCAACCGUUUUAUUUAGAAUACAAUUUCGUUAUAAAUCUUUACGAAAAAAGUUGUAAUAAAUAUUUAUACGACUGUAAUUUUCACUAUAAAAAUGGCGACGAAUCAAUCAAUAAUAUUUAUGAGUAACGCCGUUUACGGGACCCUAACUGGCUUAUUCCUUUUUCUUUCAUUUAUUUUAUUUCUUUAUUCUUUUUAUUCUCAUACUAUUUAACUUUAUAAUAUUUUUAAUUCUAUUCUUUUGCAGCUAUUGCGAUCGUAAAAAGGAGCAAGAGAAAGAGAAAAAUGCCUGCAAAGAUGUUAGAUUUCCUUGCUAUACGAUAGGCGUUAAAUAUUCAAAAAAUCAGGUGGAAAGAAGCGGCACCCUUUAUUCGGAUAGUCUAGAAGCGGCGGGCGUUCAGAAUCAGUGUCCUUACAAAACGUGCAAAUCAACCUUUGAUGAGAAUAAAGUAGAAGUUGAGAAGCAAUUAGUACCUUAUAGGACAAAGAUGGAGAAGAAAACUCUUUUCGAAUGCUUCUAUAACGAAGGAGAAGGUAAUUUGGUAAUUUUAUUCAAGAAGCACACUCGUUCCGAAGUUAUCCAUUCCAUGCUCUGGCCGUCCCUAGUGAUUUUUGGGUGUGGUCUAUUAUUUAUCCGCUUAGAAAUGCAUAGGCGAGGUAUAAAAUUUUGUAAUAAAACAUCUUUGGAUAUGGAUGAACCAAAGACGCCUUUAAAAAGUUCUCAUCAUCAACCUGUACCUAAAAUUAUGCUAGACGAUAGAUCUAAUUCAAUGCCCGCUUUGAACAUUCCAAAUAACCCAAAUACGAAUAUUGAAUUGAGAUGUAGUGAUCCAACACUAUCAAAAGACUCAAAACAACGUUUAAAGUAUCAAAAUCAACGACCGUCUUCGUUAGAUUCACCCCCCUCGAUGAUGAUGGGAUACGAAACGCCUGUUUGAGACUGCUUUCAUUAUAUAAAUAUAUACAGACAUUAAUAUAUACAGUAUUUAUUUAAGAAAAAAAGAACUUCUACAUACAAAAUGUAUAUUUUUUCUUGUUUUUGUUUUUUGUCCUGUAAAUACAACGAACUAGUCAAGCGACAUCUAUUGGUUCUUAUAAAAGAGACUUUUUAAAUAUAAAUACCUAAUUGUUGGAUAUCAAUAUAUACAUAUAUAUA